AAUGACAACUGACCAGAAGGACACUGCAACAAAUAGGCAUCACCCUGUCCUACAGGCAACUGGUACACAUGGAAAUUUCCGUCCGCAUCUGGGAUCGAUGAAGACCCAGUAUUUCGAAAGAAACUUUCUAGACCUAAUUGAAAAAGUUACCAAUGGUACAAGAGUUGAAAUAAAUACCACAGGAACUAGUCUUUAUUUUCAACCUGGCAUGCUGAUGGGUGGCUCAAUAAACCAUGAAUGCUCUACAGAGAGAUCCAUAGGCUAUUAUUUAGAACCUUUGUUAAUAAUAUCUCCAUUUAUGAAAGAACCCUUAAAUGCAAAAUUGACAGGUGUGACGAAUGAUCAGUAUGAUUUCUCGCCGGAUUUAUUGAAAUCUACAAUGCUUCCAGUGCUUAAAAGAUUUGUCGGUACCGAUGAAGGACUGUCCAUUAGAGUAACGCGACGCGGCCCUGCUCCCGAUGGAGGUGGUGAAGUCAUUGUGAAUUGUCCUUGUAGGCAAAAGCUGCGUCCGUUACAGUUGACCGAAGUGGGCAAAGUUAAACGUAUUCGAGGAAUCGCUUGGGGUUGCCGAGUAGCGCCGAAUAUAUGUAAUCGAAUGAUAGAUUCAGCCAGAGGAAUCUUGAAUAAAUUUAUUCCAGACGUUUAUAUUUACUCGGAUCAUGCAAAGGGAAGAAAAAGCGGAAGUUCUCCUGGUUUUGGAAUGGCUUUAGUUGCCGAAACAAACAAUGAAAUAUUUUAUGGUGCUGAAUUAAUUUCAGAACCAAAGGGAAGUGAUAAAGGCCCAACAGUUCCAGAAGAUUUAGGUGAAAAUUGCGCAAAAUGUUUAGUGGAUGAAAUAUAUAGAGGAGGCUGUGUGGAUUCAAGUUCACAGGCUCUAACUUGCGUUCUACUAGCUUUGGGGGAACAAAACGUUUCUAAAGUUUGUACUGGCCCUUUGUCACCCUACAGUAUUGGAAUGCUACGUCACAUCCGGGACUUUUUUCAAGUAAUUUUUAAAUUCGAUAAACUGAAGACGGAUGAGGAUUGUGAUCUGAAGACUGGAGGCGAUAAACUGUUAUUAACAUGUGUAGGCGUCGGUUUUACCAACUUAAGUAAAGCUACUUUAUAA